GUAAAAAUUCGCAGCAAUUGUUUAACGGUCAAGCAGCUGAACUAUUCACAAAGGUUCGGGCGUAUCAAGUGGUUUGUUUUUUGUUUUGGACAGUGCAAUUUAAGUACAAUGAAUUUUCAAGUCAAAGGAGGACUUUGUCUACUAUUACUUUGUUUAACGCCAAUAUACGCGUACAGAGAGAUCAGCGGCAUACUCGAUCACGCCGCCGACCUUACACCCGAAGAGAUAAACACUUUGCGGCCACUUUUCUAUUACCUGCAAGAGCAAUACAAUUAUAUAGUGAGUCAGACACCUCAACGAAAUACAGAUGGCAGCGACGCUCAAGCCAGUGAUCCACAGCUUACAGCCGCACAAGCUGAGUUCGAACAGUAUUUCGAAGAUUUUCUGCAACAAAAUACAUUUGUCGAUGACAACAACAAAAGCGAUUUGUACAAUACAACACUGCCAUCAGUUGCCGAAUUGAUGGGCGUCGCUGGGAUUGAACUUACUGCCGACGAGCUUGCCGAACGUGAAGACAUUGAAAGCUUACUUGAGGAUGCUCUAAACGAGGCGCAACUUCAAAUCGACGAAAUCGUACGAAGCUCACUGCAAUUGCAAUCGCAACUAAUUAAAAUCAAUAAACCGAAAAUCCUGCAAUACAUAUAUAAAGCGCUAUCGGUGCUUUUCAAGGUAGCGUCACGCGGUGCACGCGCCGCCUACUGCACCUAUUCGCAUAUACCGCAAUUGAAUGCCUCCCUACAGCACAUCUAUGCGGGCGUCGACUGUUACAGUUAUUCGAAGCGUUUGGUGUUGCGCAUUGAGCAAGAGACCGUGCACACGGUGAGCACCAUUCGGAAGAAUGUCUUCAGUUUGGGUGGUAUUUAUAAGAAAAUAGCCGGUAAGAAAUCUUUGUUGGGAAAAUUAUCUACGGUGCUGUUGAAUUUGUCGAAAAUUGUGCGGAACAUCAAAGAAACCUAUUUAGUGGGUGUCAGCGCGCUUGAUAAGGCGAAGAACGAGUUACCGAACGCCACGCAAGGAAGUGUCAAUUGUAGUCUGGACUUUGUCGGUGGCAUGCCGCAGGUGGUGGAGACUGUGGCAAAUUUGUCCACUUGCAUAAUGUUCAUCGAUAACACCACCGAGGAGUAUGACUUUAUGAAACCGGAACAUGAACGUGAUUUUAAUUGAUUGGAUGAGAUAUUUUGUGGAAUUG